UAACUCUGGCAUCAGCUGUUUGAUAAGAUAACCAGUACUGAAGAGUAGGUUCAGGACGUGGGGCGCAUUGUGUGGUAAAUAUUUGUUUAAACUAUGCAGUAGAUGAUUAUUCACAGACGUUUUACAGCAUUUUAUUGCUACAAUUUACCUUACAUUAGAAGAUGCCUCCUUCAGCAGCUGAUAGUAAAGUGUUAGUGUGGAAGACGUUAAGGGAAGUGCUGGUGGGUCGAGAGGAUCCAGAGGGAUUCUUUGCGACUAGUAUGUCCGCUCUGGGGCACCAGGAGACCCGCUCACAGUUCCUGUCCCUCAUCCAGCCUCUGUCCACGGCCAACGGACCCCUGCACUCCACCCUGACCUCCAUCUACAGGGAAUACUUCUCCAAGAGUGAAGAUGAUGAACUGGAACUUACACUGGCACUCUCUCUACUGGAAAUGAAAGAUCAGCAGCUGUCGACCCCCAGCCAAGAGUCCCGACCUCAGCAACCUGGAGACAGACCUAAUCAACUGACAUGUGAACCACAGGGAAGCAAACACACGAAGCUAGCAGAUGUAGUUGUCAGGAGAAAAAACAACUUACCACAAACUGGACCCUGGUUCAAGGUGAACCCACCACAGACAAACCAAGAAACAGAGCUUCAGAAAAGCACCCAUGUUGACAAAUAUGAAAAGGAGACACCAGGAACAAGUCGGAGCAAGUCUGGCUCAAUUUCCAAGCAAGACACGGUUGAAGAAAGUGACAAAAUGAUGGACGAGGGUGAUUUGAAUCCAUCAGGGAAACCAAAACCCAAAAAGAAGGCGUCAGCUCUGCCACCGGUUCUGCUGUGGUUCAGGAGGGACCUGCGACUUUGGGACAACCCUGCUCUCACUGGCUCGUUGGAGGUUGGGGCACCUGUCAUCCCUGUCUUCAUCUGGAGCCCUGAGGAGGAGGAGGGACCUGGGAUCACAGUGGCUAUGGGGGGAGCUUGUAAAUACUGGCUUCAUCAAGCUUUGUCUUGUUUCUCUUCAUCUCUGGAGAGCAUUGGCAGCCAUCUUGUGUUUUUCGAGGCAAAUGGAUCUUCUCUGCAUAGCCUUAAGGAGCUCGUAAAGGAGACCGGGGCGAGAACCGUCGUGGCUAACGCCGUCUAUGAGCCUUGGCUGAAGGAGAGGGAUGAUGUGGUGGUGUCGGCCCUUCAGAAAGAUGGUGUUGAUUGCAGGAUGUUCCACUCGUACUGUCUUAGAGAUCCUUACUCUGUCAGCACGGAGGGUGUCGGACUCAGAGGAAUAGGUUCAGUGUCUCACUUCAUGAACUGCUGUAGACAGAACCCAGGGUCUGCGUUGGGGCCCCCCCUGGACCCUCCUGCAUCUCUCCCCACACCUGCCCACUGGCCUCAGGGUGUCUCUUUGGGCACGCUAGGCCUGGCAUGCAUGCCCCGCAGGAAGGAUGGCACAACGAUUGACUGGGCAGCUAACAUCCGUAAAUCUUGGGAUUUCAGCGAGGAAGGAGCAUGUGCCCGGCUAGAGGCCUUUCUGAAUGAUGGUGUGUAUCGAUAUGAAAAAGAGUCCAGCAGGGCAGAUGCCCCAAAUACCAGCUGUCUGUCUCCGUACCUUGACUUUGGUCAGCUCAGCCCACGCUGGCUGUUGUGGGACGCCAAAGGGUCAUGCUGUCGACCCCCAAAGUUUCAACGCAAACUGGCGUGGAGAGAUCUGGCUUACUGGCAGCUGACAUUGUUUCCUGACCUCCCAUGGGAAUCCCUCAGACUUCCAUACAAGGCUCUGCGAUGGAGCAGUGGUCGCGGCCACCUGAAGGCCUGGCAGCGAGGGCGAACAGGCUACCCUCUGGUGGACGCAGCCAUGAGGCAGCUGUGGGUGACGGGCUGGAUGAACAACUACAUGAGGCAUGUGGUGGCGUCUUUUCUGAUCGCAUAUCUCUAUCUGCCCUGGCAAGAAGGUUAUCGCUGGUUCCAGGACACCUUAGUGGAUGCUGAUGUUGCCAUAGAUGCUAUGAUGUGGCAGAAUGGGGGCAUGUGUGGUCUGGAUCACUGGAACUUUGUCAUGCACCCCGUCGAUGCAGCAAUGACCUGUGACCCCUACGGCAGCUAUGUUAGGAAAUGGUGUCCUGAACUUGCAGAUCUGCCCGAUGAGCUUAUUCACAAACCCUGGAAAUGUCCCGCAUCCAUGCUUCGACGUGGAGGUGUGGUCUUUGGCCAGACAUAUGCUGAGCGAAUAGUGAGGAGUCAUUCCCUGCAAGAUGUAGCUCUGGCGCGAAAAGAGUUUGGACAGUACGUGGACAAGCGUUCAGGCUGCGACUUGGUGCCUCUGCCCCCACGCCUCGUCUCUCAGGCUCUGGGCUUAUCGCACAGGGAUGGCGGUGUGGUAACAGAAGGGAAGCAGUUCUUGUUGCCCGUUAUCACCCGCAUGGAAUUCAAACACCAGCAGGAAGAUCCAGAUGCCGCCUCAAACCCCUACAAUGCUGUUCUAAAAGGAUACGUGAGCCGCAAGAGGGAUGAGACCAUUGCCUUCCUUAAUGAGAGAGACUUCACUGCCUGUGUGUUGUACGAGGGAGUUCAGAGAAAGGAGAGGCUGGAGAGCGAUCAUCGCAGAAUCGAGGGACUCCCUCAGCUUCCUGCUCCUCGGGGCAGAGCCAGACGAACUCCAACAGCCAAGGACAGGUUUUCUGUGGUACCCGGUGGGGCGGUCUCCUCAGUCAGGUGAUCCAUAGGUCCAGAAGGAAAGUUUACAGGUUCUAAGUGACCAGACAGUUGCUUGCUAUAAAAUGCACAAGUACAAAAUGUUACAGAACAAUAGUCUUUAAAUGCAAAGAUGAGGAAAAAAAAACAAUUCUACACUGGACUCUAGACUUUGGAUAGAGUGAGGAAAGUAUGUUGAGACAAAGAGGAUUGCAGAAUGCUCAUUCAAAACAUUUUGUACAUUUAGUGUUCUGCAAAUUCACACAAAUCUGAGGAAUGUUGCACAAAAAUAUACAUUACGCCUUUGAGUCGUACGAGGGGGAAAAAGGCAUUUGUAUCAUCUCAGCAGGUCUUUUUUUAUUAGGUCUAUUUGCGUUUACAAUCUCAUGUAAACCGCAUCAAGAAAAUGUAUAUUUAGUUGUCAGUGUUUGUGUCAAAAAAAAAAGAAUUUUGGUUCAGGGGCUACCUUUUAUAUAUAGCUGUAUAUUGGGGGAUUACUUUUGGUUGGAAAUAUGUAGGUGUGGAUAUAAUGGGCGAGUUUACUCAAACUUUUGAAUGUUGCAAAUGAUUAAAUAUACUAAUAUAAUUCAUAUUGUGCAACACUCUGGCAGUGUCAAGCAUAUUACCUGUUCAAUAGCUGUGUAAUGUCAAAGAUCUUGCGUAGUCACAUGAGUGACACUACAUUACAAGCAGUAUUUUUUUUAACUGUCCACUUUUAUAAUAUGAAGUCUAGACUUUGGGAUUCAAUAAAAAUGACAGAAAACACAAUGUCUCAGGAAAUGUUUAUUUUCUAAUUUUAAAAAGGUCCAAAGU